ACCCAAUAACCGUUCUUGUUCCCUCUCCUCACAGAACAAGUUAAAGUGACGAAUAUGCCAACAACACACACCCCACCAAUAUCAAACACACUGAAAUCAAAAUAAAUAUUUCUUCUAUCUAGAGAGAGAGAGAGAGUAGAAAAGUUAGUUAGGAUCAGAAAAAAGCAGGUAGAGUUUAGUGAGAUAGAUAAUUGUAAUAAACAAGAGUGAAGACGUUGUGUUUGUGUUUAUGUAUAAAAGAAAAAAGCUUAGGAAUUUAUGAAAUGUCAAAAGAAUCUGAGGAGAUAAAGACUAUUGAACAGUGGAAAUGGUCUGAAAUGCAAGGUCUUGAGCUUGUAGGGCGUGAUGAUGAUGUUGAUAAUACUCACAACAAUUCUGAGUCUUUUAAAGGAAACCUACCAACAGUAACAGAGGAAGGUGCUACUGCUACUGUUAUUGAUUCUCAGCAACAUCAAGUUUCAAAGGAAAUGGUGGAAACAUCAGAACCAAAUAAAGAUGGUGGUAUUGAGGAGAAGAAGAUUAAGACUGAGAGUGUUCCUUCUGUUGGGUUUGGAGAGCUUUUCAGAUUUGCUGAUGGGUUGGAUUAUAUUCUUAUGACAAUUGGAACUGUUGGAGCAAUUGUUCAUGGUUGUUCUUUGCCUAUUUUCCUUAGAUUCUUUGCGGAUCUUGUUAACUCUUUUGGGUCUAAUGCUAAUAAUUUGGACAAGAUGACACAUGAAGUUGUCAAGUAUGCAUUUUACUUCCUUGUGGUUGGUGCUGCUAUUUGGGCAUCUUCAUGGGCAGAGAUUUCUUGUUGGAUGUGGACCGGAGAGCGACAAUCAACCAAGAUGAGGAUCAAGUACUUAGAAGCUGCAUUGAAACAAGACAUUGAGUUCUUUGACACCGAGGUUCGAACUUCUGAUGUUGUUUUUGCCAUCAACACUGAUGCUGUCAUGGUCCAGGAUGCCAUUAGUGAGAAGUUGGGAAAUUUCAUUCACUACAUGGCUACUUUUGUUUCUGGUUUUGUUGUUGGCUUCACUGCUGUUUGGCAAUUGGCUUUGGUUACUCUUGCUGUAGUCCCUAUGAUAGCUGUGAUCGGAGCUAUUCACACCACCACUUUGGCUAAGCUUUCUAGUAAGAGCCAAGAAGCUCUUUCUCAAGCUGGCAACAUUGUAGAACAGACAGUCUUGCAAAUACGAGUAGUGCUGUCUUUCGUGGGGGAGUCCCGAGCACUACAAGGUUACUCAUCAGCCUUGAAGGUUGCUCAGAAGCUUGGCUACAAAACUGGAUUAGCAAAGGGAAUGGGAUUAGGCGCUACUUACUUUGUUGUGUUCUGCUGUUAUGCACUUCUGCUAUGGUAUGGAGGCUAUCUAGUAAGACAUCACUACACCAAUGGAGGACUUGCCAUUGCAACCAUGUUUGCUGUCAUGAUUGGUGGAUUGGGUUUGGGGCAGUCUGCACCUAGCAUGGCUGCAUUUACAAAGGCGAGGGUUGCAGCUGCGAAGAUUUUCCGGAUAAUUGAUCACAAACCUAAUAUAGACAGAAACAGUGAAUCUGGGUUGGAAUUGGAGACAGUUACUGGACUCGUGGAGCUGAAAAAUGUGAACUUUUCUUACCCAUCGAGGCCUGAGGUUCUGAUCCUCAAUGAUUUCUCCUUGAAUGUUCCUGCUGGAAAAACCAUGGCUUUGGUUGGUAGCAGUGGCUCUGGCAAGAGCACUGUUGUUUCCCUUAUUGAGAGAUUCUAUGACCCAACUUCAGGACAAGUUAUGUUGGAUGGACAUGACAUUAAAACUUUGAAGCUUAAAUGGUUGAGGCAACAGAUAGGACUAGUGAGCCAAGAGCCGGCUUUGUUUGCUACCACGAUUCGAGAAAAUAUACUCUUGGGAAGGCCUGACGCAAACCAGGUUGAGAUUGAAGAAGCUGCUAGGGUUGCUAAUGCUCAUUCAUUCAUCAUCAAACUUCCUGAAGGGUUUGAAACUCAGGUAGGAGAAAGAGGGCUACAACUUUCUGGAGGGCAAAAACAAAGAAUAGCAAUAGCAAGGGCAAUGCUAAAAAACCCUGCAAUUCUUCUCCUCGAUGAGGCAACAAGUGCACUUGACUCUGAAUCAGAAAAACUGGUGCAAGAAGCGCUUGACCGGUUCAUGAUUGGCAGAACAACUCUUGUAAUUGCUCAUCGCCUCUCCACAAUUCGUAAAGCUGACCUCGUAGCAGUGAUUCAACAAGGAAGUGUUUUUGAAAUUGGAACUCAUGAUGAACUCUUCUCCAAAGGUGAAAAUGGUGUCUAUGCCAAGCUUAUUAAAAUGCAGGAGAUAGCACAUGAAACUGCUAUGAAUAAUGCUAGAAAGAGUAGUGCAAGGCCUUCAAGUGCAAGAAACUCGGUUAGCUCGCCGAUAAUUGCCAGGAAUUCUUCUUAUGGCCGGUCACCGUACUCACGAAGGCUAUCUGAUUUCUCUACAUCAGAUUUUAGUUUGUCCCUUGAUGCAUCUCAUCCAAAUUACAGGCUUGAAAAGCUUGCUUUCAAAGAUCAAGCAAGUUCCUUUUGGAGACUAGUAAAAAUGAACUCUCCUGAAUGGCUUUACGCUUUAAUCGGCUCAAUAGGCUCAGUUGUUUGCGGAUCACUUAGUGCUUUCUUUGCCUAUGUUCUCAGUGCUGUCCUCAGUGUCUAUUACAAUCCAGACCACAAACACAUGAUCCGAGAAAUUGAUAAGUACUGCUACUUGUUGAUUGGCCUUUCAUCAACUGCAUUUAUUUUCAAUACAUUACAACACUUCUUCUGGGAUAUUGUUGGCGAAAAUCUUACGAAACGUGUCAGGGAGAAAAUGCUGACUGCAGUGCUUAAGAAUGAAAUGGCAUGGUUUGAUCAGGAGGAAAAUGAGAGUGCUAGGAUUUCUGCAAGGCUGGCUCUUGAUGCCAACAAUGUCAGAUCAGCCAUUGGAGACCGAAUUUCGGUAAUUGUGCAGAAUACUGCACUUAUGCUUGUUGCUUGCACUGCAGGUUUCGUGUUGCAGUGGCGUCUUGCGCUUGUCCUCAUUGCUGUUUUUCCUGUUGUUGUUGCAGCCACUGUUUUGCAGAAAAUGUUCAUGACUGGUUUCUCUGGUGAUUUGGAAGCUGCUCAUGCCAAAGCCACACAACUAGCUGGAGAGGCAAUAGCCAAUGUAAGGACUGUUGCAGCCUUCAAUUCAGAAUCAAAAAUUGUUCGCCUUUUCGCCUACAACCUUGAAACACCACUACAAAGGUGCUUUUGGAAAGGACAGAUUUCUGGAAGUGGAUACGGAAUAGCACAGUUUGCACUUUAUGCCUCAUAUGCACUCGGUCUUUGGUACGCUUCUUGGCUAGUGAAACAUGGAAUCUCCGACUUCUCUAAAACAAUCCAAGUUUUUAUGGUUCUUAUGGUCUCUGCCAAUGGUGCUGCUGAGACUUUAACACUUGCUCCUGACUUCAUCAAAGGAGGUAGAGCCAUGAGAUCAGUCUUUGAUCUCCUGGACCGUCGUACUGAGAUCGAACCAGAUGAUCAAGAUGCUACUCCUGUACCUGACCGUCUUCGAGGUGAAGUUGAACUUAAACAUGUGGAUUUCUCUUAUCCAACUAGACCAGAUAUGCCUGUUUUUCGUGACCUUAACCUUCGUAUCCGAGCUGGCAAAACUCUUGCACUUGUUGGACCUAGUGGCUGUGGUAAAAGCUCAGUGAUUGCACUUAUACAAAGAUUCUAUGAUCCAACAUCAGGUAGAGUCAUGAUUGAUGGAAAAGACAUAAGAAAAUAUAACCUCAAAUCCUUAAGAAGACACAUCUCUGUUGUACCUCAAGAGCCAUGUCUAUUUGCUACUACCAUUUAUGAAAACAUUGCAUAUGGCCAUGACUCAGCAACAGAAUCCGAGAUAAUCGAAGCCGCAACACUCGCCAAUUGUCACAAAUUCAUAUCUGCAUUACCAGAUGGAUACAAAACAUUUGUAGGGGAGAGAGGUGUUCAACUCUCCGGAGGACAAAAACAAAGAAUAGCCGUGGCACGCGCUUUUGUCAGAAAAGCUGAACUUAUGCUACUUGAUGAGGCAACAAGUGCACUUGAUGCUGAAUCUGAGAGGUCUGUUCAAGAGGCUCUAGACCGCGCUUCGUCGGGAAAAACAACUAUCAUUGUUUUAUUACAGGUUAAUGAGUCUUGA